CUCGUAAAAUGUGUCAUAUAUGGCGUUUUUUAUCAUCUGUGUGCCCGCGUUAUUUUCAGGUCACAGACAUGAGCAAAUGCUUUGUGAAAGGAGAUUUCUGGUGCAGCUUGUUGGGGGUUCCGCGCAGUGUCAUUAUAGCCACAUCCCCGCUUGCGCGCAUUCAUUGAAUGAACGGAUUGCUAUGUCAAUCGUGGAUAGGAGGAAUGCGCUGAUCUCGGGAACUAUAGAGCAGACACGGGAGGACCUGAAUUAGUGGCAUCGAUGAGCCAAACUGAGAUGGAGAUGUCUGGGGUUCCGGCCGGGGUGACACGGAGGACUGGGACAGUGAAGAGGACGAUGUGGGGGGGCCUGAGGCAGCAGUGGAAGCUACUGGGCCUGUUUGAGAUUGACCAGCAGCACGAGUUCUACAGCCUCACCUCUAUGAUGAAGGAAGGUCUCUCUGCAGCCGUGCAGACCACCAUCGACAACCCACCACCGGAUGAAUUGUCAGAAGAUGAUUACAGAUUGGAAGUCACUCAAAUACAUAAGGACUUUAAAAUGGAGACAUUUGCAGGGCCAGUGUUUGCCAGCUUGCGUCGCUCCCUGGGAAUGACAGAAAAGGAGUAUCAGCAUUCUCUCUCCUUCGAUGGCUCAUACCUGCAGUUCAUCAGCAACUCCAAAAGCAAGGCUGACUUCUUUCUGACGAACAAUAAGUGUUUUUUCUUGAAGACCCAGAAUAAGAGAGAGGUGAAAUUCCUCCUGUCCAAUUUGAGAAUCUACAUGGAGCACCUAGAGAAGUAUCCCCAUUCACUACUGGUCAAGUUCUUAGGUGUCCACAGGAUAAACAUUUCCCAUAGGAGGAAGAAGUACUUUAUUGUAAUGCAGAGUGUUUUUUAUCCUGACGAUCGAAUAAAUGCCAGGUAUGACAUCAAGGGUUGUGAGGUGAGCCGGUGGACAGACCCCGCCCCUGAGGGUAGCCAGGUUAUUGUUGUCCUCAAGGACUUGAACUUCAAGGGCCAGUAUAUCACUCUGGACCAGCAGCGGCCGUGGCUGCUCCGGCAGGUGGAGAUUGACACGUCGUUCUUGCAGAGACUCAACGUGCUGGACUACAGCCUCCUGGUGGGCCAUCAGCCCCUGCACCAGGACGAACGCCACCAGGGCCUCUCUUUUGCCACCCUUAUCAUGCGCACAAAAAAGUCAGUGAUCACUGGCUCAAGCCCCACCCAUGCGGACAUGCCCACUGUUCCAGGGGUGGUCCCAGAGGAAGACUCCAACCUGUCGGUGUCAGAGAUGGAUGGUGGGACAGGAAGUGGCAGCGUUGCCGAAUCACGGGGAGGAAGUGACCCGGGCAGUGCCCUUUCCGGGAGAACCUGUACUGAGCAGCCGACCGGGUCGGUCACAGAUUCGAUGGUGCUCAGGGACUUCCAGGCCCAGAACCGCCGGCUGCUGCCCAACUUCAAGAACCCGCUACACGUCAUUGAUGGACCGGAGCAUCGCUACUUUGUGGGCAUCAUUGACAUCUUCACUGUCUACAGCUUCAAGAAGAGGCUGGAGCAUUGGUGGAAGAGACUGCGGCACCCAGGGCAGGCCUUCUCCACCGUCAGCCCCACCUCUUACUGCCUUAGGCUCUGCCAGUGGGUACAGGACCACACCAAGUAGACUUAGAAAAAGGGGAGGAUGAGGAUGGUUAGUCCCAGUAGCAGACUGUCUGCCCAAGAACAAACGUUUGCAUGCACACAAGUUGGACACUGACCAGAGACAUGAAGCUAUGCUUUUAAAGCACUAUAAUUUCAGAUUGAUCAAGGAGCAGUUACUUUCAUGUUUCCACAUCUCCAGACCAAAGCUAAAACAAAUAUAAACCAUUAUAUACAAAUAUAAUAUUCAGCAUUGCAAAUUCAUGGGUUUCCUUUUCAUAUUCUUUGUUAAGUAAACAAAGAAAAAGGUGCGACAUUUAUAAUCAAGUGCUAUGAAUUAAUUAGCUGAUUCUCCAAAGUAUAAUCGUUUUUUAAUUGUUGAAGUUCAAUUAGCAAGUGAAUGCUGAAAAUCAAAAUAAUUGUACAAAUUUGCCACCUGAUAUGGAUUUAUUUUUAUUUUUACAAUUGUACUUUGAAGUGUUUAUACCUGUGCAAUUUUGUUGUAUUUUUAAAAGCUGUGUUUUCACUGUUCAACUGACCAAGUGAAUAUACUCUCCCGAUAUGACUGUGCAGUGUGUAUGUAUAUAUAUACAGUGCCUUGCGAAAGUAUUCGGCCCCCUUGAACUUUGCGACCUUUUGCCACAUUUCAGGCUUCAAACAUAAAGAUAUAAAACUGUAUAUUUUUGUGAAGAAUCAACAACAAGUGGGACACAAUCAUGAAGUGGAACAACAUUUAUUGGAUAUUUCAAACUUUUUUAACAAAUCAAAAACUGAAAAAUUGGGCGUGCAAAAUUAUUCAGCCCCUUUACUUUCAGUGCAGCAAACUCUCUCCAGAAGUUCAGUGAGGAUCUCUGAAUGAUCCAAUGUUGACCUAAAUGACUAAUGAUGAUAAAUACAAUCCACCUGUGUGUAAUCAAGUCUCCGUAUAAAUGCACCUGUCUCAGAGGUCUCAGAGUAGUCUCAGAGGUCCGUUAAAAGCACAGAGAGCAUCAUGAAGAACAAGGAACACACCAGGCAGGUCCGAGAUACUGUUGUGAAGAAGUUUAAAGCCGGAUUUGGAUACAAAAAGAUUUCCCAGACUUUAAACAUCCCAAGGAGCACUGUGCAAGCUAUAAUAUUGAAAUGGAAGGAGUAUCAGACCACUGCAAAUCUACCAAGACCUGGCCAUCCCUCUAAACUUUCAGCUCAUACAAGGAGAAGACUGAUCAGAGAUGCAGCCAAGAGGCCCAUGAUCACUCUGGAUGAACUGCAGAGAUCUACAGCUGAGGUGGGAGACUCUGUCCAUAGGACAACAAUCAGUCGUAUAUUGUACAAAUCUGGCCUUUAUGGAAGAGUGGCAAGAAGAAAGCCAUUUCUUAAAUAUAUCCAUAAAAAGUGUUGUUUAAAGUUUGCCACAAGCCACCUGGGAGACACACCAAACAUGUGGAAGAAGGUGCUCUGGUCAGAUGAAACCAAAAUUGAACUUUUUGGCAACAAUGCAAAACGUUAUGUUUGGCUUAAAAGCAACACCCUGAACACACCAUCCCCACUGUCAAACAUGGUGGUGGCAGCAUCAUGGUUUCGGCCUGCUUUUCUUCAGCAGGGACAGGGUAGAUGGUUAAAAUUGAUGGGAAGAUGGAUGGAGCCAAAUACAGGACUAUUCUGGAAGAAAACCUGAUGGAGUCUGCAAAAGCCCUGAGACUGGGACGGAGAUGUGUCUUCCAACAAGACAAUGAUCCAAAACAUAAAGCAAAAUCUACAAUGGAAUGGUUCAAAAAUAAACAUAUCCAGGUGUUAGAAUGGCCAAGUCAAAGUCCAGACCUGAAUCCAAUCGAGAAUCUGUGGAAAGAACUGAAAACUGCUGUUCACAAAUGCUCUCCAUCCAACCUCACUGAGCUCGAGCUGUUUUGCAAGGAGGAAUGGGAAAAAAUGUCAGUCUCUCGAUGUGCAAAACUGAUAGAGACAUACCCCAAGCGACUUACAGCUGUAAACGCAGCAAAAGGUGGCGCUACAAAGUAUUAACUUAAGGGGGCUGAAUAAUUUUGCACGCCCAAUUUUUCAGUUUUUGAUUUGUUAAAAAAGUUUGAAAUAUCCAAUAAAUGUCAUUCCACUUCA